UUUUAAAUGAUGAUGAAAAUAAUCAUAUCUUAAAAAAAAGACAAGAUAAUUAUAAUAAUGAAGAUGGUAUGCAAAUUAAUGGUGAUAUUGAAGGUUCAAAUAGUACAUUCAAUCAAAUACAACAUGGUAUACAAGAAAGUCAUACAAUAUUAAAAGAAAAGUUAUUAAUUUUUCAACAAAAAUAUCAACAAACUUUUCAAUAUAUUCAAAUACAAAUAUCAAAUUUAGCUACAGAAUUUGAUUACCUAGAAAAAAAGAUAGAAUCAAGAAAAUUAAGACAAUCUACAACACCAUGUCCUCCUAUUCCUAAAUGUCCAUCAACAACCCCAAUUUUAGUAACUUUGCCAACAACAACAGUAACAAUUAAACCAUCAACAAAACCAACUACAAUGUUAACAACAACAAGACCAACCACAACGCAGUCAACAACAACAACAACAACCACAUAUACAACAUCAGCAAAACUAACUACAAAAAUUUUAUCAACAUCAAAAUUAACAACUAUUUCGUCAACUAAAUCAACAACAAAAAUGUCUCCAACAACACAACCUAUAACGAUCACAUCAGCAAUAACAGUUGCAGUAACUACACCAACAACACAAGUUGUAACGCAAACACCAAAAGCUCUGUGCCAACAGACAACAACAAACUCAUCGAAAUUGCCAGAAACAACAACUAAAUGUAUUUGUAAUAGCUAA